AUGGGGCCCGAUCAGAUCGCGAUCCAAGGCUUCUGGGGGGACGGCUUCUUCCAGUCCGACCGUGACGUGGACAUCCUCGAAUUCUUCGACGCGGAGCUUGGCACCGAGUCCAUCUACGUACAAAUGCACAACGAACCCGAGAAGCUGCGCCCGCAGCUUGACGCCAACAACAAGCUCAUCAACAAGAUCGCUGAGGUUGCUAGUGGCGCCCGUGACAACAACGAGCACAUAGCCUUCUGGGGCCGCAAGCUCGUCAUUGUUAUCCUUGCCGCUGCCGCCAUGCAAUGCGGCGCCAAGUUGCCCGAGCCGCUCCGCCAGGCCGUUUACGACGCGCUGAAGAGCCGCUUGGGCAUGUACGAUCGCGCCAAAGAGCAGAUGCGCCGCGCCCUUGCUGUGUACGCCGACGGCACGCCGCUCAAAAUGGAGGGCAUGGGUCUGAUCGAUACGAUCCAUCUGCACAACUUGAUCCCCAUUAAGCGCCACCCCGACCAGAUCGGCGUCAAUUUCCCGAAUCCCGUAUUCUCUGCCAAGUACGAGACCGCUGAGGAUGAAGAAAUCUGUGCCAAGUGCUCGAAGAAGGAGGGGGUGAAGCUGAAGACGUGCGCGAAGUGCCUGAGGAUCAAAUACUGCAGCUCGGAGUGCCAGAGGGAGCAUUGGACUGAGCACAAGAAAGAGUGCAAGAAGGAUGGCUUGCCGCGCAAGGUCUCGCCGGUAAAUCUCCAGACGUACGGCGUUCGGCUCUCGAACAGCGACCCUUGCGGACUAGAGCCCUACGUCAUCAGCGAGCACUCGCCUCAGAGCCCAGCACCCAAGAAGGAAAAGUAA